ACAAGUAUAAUGAAACAAAAAUAUUAACUUAGUUUCUAAAAAUAAUAUAGCUUGUAUUAACAUGCAGUCUUCAAAUCUAAUGCACAGUAAAGUGAAAAGAAUCCACUCACAACACCAUUGAAGAAAAUACGGAAGCUAUUGAGACUCAAGAUGUAGAAUAUUGAAGAAAUGCAAAAGCUCUUAAAAUGUAGACAAACCCCGAAGUGUUUCCUGUAAUUGUGAAAUAUUUCCGUUUGAUAACUUGAAAAAAAUUAAAAAUGGAUAAUUAAUCAAUUUUUUUCCCGUCUUUAGUUGAAAACGUGACCAAAAAUUGAAAAUUAUAUGCAUGAUCGACAGUUUUACUUUAAUUGACGUUUGUCUGAUCAUUGUAUAGACCUCGAGUCGAAAGUGGCCAGUCAACAGGGGAUGUUUGCUCCUCCUGGAUCCCACCUCUUGAAUAUUGUAUAUCUUUUCAAUCAACCCUAAGCGAAAAUUAUUCUAAUAACUCAAAUUUAAGCAGUCAACUUAACUCAAAUUAAAUUGUCAGUGUUUAUGUGUAAAUCAGCAUGAUGUUUUAGAUCAAAUCAAUGCAAAAUAAAAGCUGCUGCCUCAAAGAGAUGGGUUCACAUUAUGCAUGCAUAAAAUGACCCUGUAGAUAUGCCAAUUAAUUGAUUAACACUUGAUGUUCCAUUUUGAAUAUUAAGAAAAAAUAUAUUAAAAAAUUCUCCUAAAAGCCCACGUCUUGGAGCAUUGGCUUUAUGAAAUUGCAAUGUUAUUUUGAUGUUACAGAAUUGUCUCUCAUCAUGUUUCAGCUGUUGUGAAAUAAAGGAGAAGGAUGCGAACACAACUGGAGAAGAACCAACAGAAUCAUCCCGACUUCUUCAAGAUAAGGAAGGAAGUGAUGAACAUAACAGCCAGACGUACGGUACCCAGAACGACCAACCAGAAUACUCCAACAGGGAGGUACAUGCAGUGCACGCUGCUCGACACCAUCUCAACACCGUGACUCAAACAGUAAAAGAAUUAAAUGCUAUUGCCGAUAGACUGGAACAGACUGCUGCAAUGUUUAAUCCAACGUCUCCGAAGCCAAAAAGAAAAAGACGCCGCAUUUGUUUUUAAUCUGUGUUAAUAGCAUCGUUUUUGAAAUGCCUUAGCAGUAUUGCUUUUAAUUUUCUUGACUUAAAAUAUGCCUACAUACAAACUGUUUUUGUUUAAAGUAUUUAUUGGUAUACCAUUUUUGAAGUGGCAUUAUGAUGUUUGAAUAUUCAGUUCUCUAUCAAUAUUCUAGAAGUAUUGCUUUUUACUCUCUUGAUUCAAAAUAUACAAAAAUGUACAUUUGGACAAUGUGGUUCCAUAAAUUUUCGUGUAUUUUUUUAAACAGACAUUUUCGAGGAAACGUAAUUUUGUGGACAAAAGCUUUGCAUGUACAAAUAAAUAUGAUAAUUAU